GUAAACAGUGAAGAAGAAUCUGUUUAGAGCGGACUAUAGAUCACUGCUGGUCAUCCUCUGUGUAAAACACUCCAGAUUUAACUCUCUGAUCAGUAUUAACGUGUCUCCUCUGACGGUUUACCAGCGUUUCAAAUAUUCGAUUCAAACCCAGGAUCCCUCACUGCCGUGACAAAGGCUGCGGAAAUGGCGGAAAAUACAGGUGAGUGGGGUGGCUAAUGCUAGCUGGGUAGUUAGCAGUGUGAAUUCUGAGCGAGCCUGAACAAAAUCACUCUGUAACACAAACUAUCAAAUAAGGCUUUGGUUCUCGGUUUGAAAGAGACACGGUCCUGAUAGGAUUGUUGGCUGGUUAGAGCUCUGCUCUGCUCUGGAGCUUGUCCCAGUGAACGUUUGCUCUGCCGGCUGCAUGUUGUGUGAGGACACGACCAGAGGAGACUUCAUCCACGACCAGAGGAGACUUUAUUUACGACCAGAGGAGACUUUAUUUACGACCAGAGGAGACUUUAUUUACUAGAAAAACUUCAACUAUUGAGACAAACCUGCAGCCUGGAGUGUCAAAUUCAUAUCUGAUAGUAAAUCCUCCUUAUUUAUACCAUCCAAAGCUGUAAGUUAACACAUGUAAUCUCAAGUGUAUCUGCCAUCUGUGUGGUCAAAUGUUUACACCAAUUCUACAGAUUGGCUUUAGGUCGAUUUUAGAUCAUUAAACACGUCCUUUAUUUCACUGAGGACGUUAAAUGGUCUGUAAGUGUAGGUGGAAAUGAUAAAACUGAUAUUUUUGAAGGAGGUCCUCAUCUGUCAGGUCCUGGACUCUCACACAUGUACAGUUGUAAAAAAUAGUAUGUGAACCCUUUGGGAUUACUUGGAUUUCUGCAUAAACUGGGUAUAAAAUGUCUUCUGAUCGUCAUCUAACACACAAAAAUAGACAAACACAUUCUGCUUAAACUAAUACUUCACAAAAAAUACAUGUUUUCAUUUUUCAUAUUAUUUUGAGUUGCUGUGGCAUGACCUCAAGAGAGCAAUUCACACCAAAAAUUAGGCCUGGGCGAUUUGGUAAAAAAAAAAUGAUCACGAUAUUUUUUCAUAUCGUCCGAUCUCGAUUAUUAUCACGAUUUGUUUUUGAAACUGCCAGUUUUAAAGCAUCUGUACUAAAAACUGAAGAAACUAGAGAUUAGUUCAACAUUUUAUUAAACAGAUCUGUCGUGUUGCCGGUGGCACCGACCGCCAACAUACCUUACACAUUGGCGUCAUUUUUCAAUGUCACUUUGGAGAUACCUGAACCACCACCACACAACCGACAAUAAUUUUCGUUCUCAACAAUAACAUCUUCGGAGGAUGACUCAAAGUCACUGCUGACAUCUAUUUUGUUCUCCUCAACUCCACGUUUAGCUUCCCAUUCGGUCAUUCUGUUUACUUUUCCAGCAAUUUACAGAAGUGAGCAGGAUCGACUCUGAUUGGCUGUUGUGAUGCACAUUUCCGCCAUGUUUGAUUGAGUAAAUAUGCUCACAGCUGAUCACCGUGAUCAAACUGAAAUUUAUCACGAUCAUCAAUCACAAACAUAUAAUCGCCCAGUCCUACUAGACAUCCCAGGAAUAUUGCUGAACUGAAACCGUUUAGUGAGGAGGGAUGGUCCAAAAUUCCUCCUGAACACUGAGCAGGUCUGAUCUGCAACUACAGGAAAUGUUUGGUCGAGGUUAUUGCUGCCAAAGGAGGGUCAACCAGUUCUUAAAUCCAGAGGUUCACAUAGGACUGGGCGAUUCACCUUCGCAAUCACCUUGCACUGUGAAUGUUAACAUGCUGUGUUCAUUUAAAAAAAUAUGUGCAGUAUUAGUUUAAGCAGAAUGUCUUUGUCUAUAGUCAAAUGAAGAUCAGAAGACAUUUUAUGCCCAGUUUAUGCAGAAAUCCAAGUAAUCUCAAAGGGUUCACAUACUUUUUUCUUGCAACUGUAUCUGAACAGGUGAUCAGGAUCCAGGGUUCAGAGCAGGAGGUUCAAUGGGGCAGGGGCAAAAACAUGAAUCACCUUCGCAGUAUUAUCUUAAGUUGGGGUGUAAAAUCCACACAAAACCAAAGUUUUUUUCGUAACUCGUAGACUGUUAUAUUAAACUUAAACUGAAGACAUGGGAGCGCCAGCCCCUCCAUGUGCACUGCUGUCCAGCAUGUAGUCUGUCUGUUCAUUUAGGCUCACAGAACCGGUCAGAGGGAUCUGCUGUAGUUCACUCAGAGCAUCAAAGUGACUUUGACCCUAGCAUGGUUGAUCAUUUUGGGAUUUAUAUGUAUAGAGAAGUUAUAAAAAGAGUGGUGAGCAGCAUUUCUGUGGGUGGGAAUGUCUGGUUGAUGCCAGAAGUCAUAGGAAGACAGCAAGAAUGUUUCCAGCUGAAAGAAAGGCAACAGUCUCCAGAAUAACCUUUCAUUACAACUGGGGUAAACACAAGAGCGUCUCUGAACACACAACAUGUCAAACUGUGAAGCAGAUGGACUACAGCAGUAGAAGACCACGCCAGGUGACCCUUCUGUCAGCUCAGACUAGGAAACUGAGGCUACAGGUCACACAGGCUUACCAAAACUGGACUAUGAAAUAUUGGAGAGACCUGGUCUGAAGAGUCUGACGAUUUCAGGUAGUUGGUCAGAAUCUCUCAGCUCAGCAGGCUCACACUGACAGGACAGGCUGACUCAGUGCUUAAUCAUGUCAGUAAUUCCAUGAAUUCAUUUUCAAAUGGAGCCAAAUUUAGUUUGUUGUGUAUAUGUUUCGGUGUUUUAUUGCUGUUAAAUGUAGAUUUGGCCUGUAAGGCUGUUCACAAUGAGACAGAUAGUUGUCAUGACAUGAUUUCAGCACCCAUCAGUGAGAUGUAUUGUUAAAUAGAUAUAAACAACCCCUUAAGACAAAGAUUUUGCCUCCAAGCUUUUGAUAACCAAAUCACUUGAAUUAUUUUCUCAGCCCUUGUUUAACCCAAACAUUCAUAACUGCUCAAGAAAAGUAGCAACCCUCAAAUCUCAGAAGCUUAAACCGACAGAUAUCGUUAUCCCUGCUAUAGCGUGACAGAACGAUUACAACAGCAUAUUUACAAGAUUGUUUUCUGUGAUUUUGCAGUUAUUUUACUUUUUUUUAACAGUUUUUUGCUUUUGUCUCCUCUCUCUUUUUUUUUGAUCAGAACAAAAUGAGACAAAACAUGACAGCUCAUCAUCUCCAGGCAUGACAGAUCAGGAGAAAGAAGUGGCAGCGAGCGCUCAAGAAGCCUUCAUGGUGAAUCUCUCUUUUCUCUGUUAUCAAACUUUAGAAGUCAGUCCAGCUGUUUGUCUGCUAACCUGGUUCAUGUAUGUGCAUUAAUCACACCCCCGUUCCCCUCUCAGGCGGGGAAAUACGACGAGUCUCUGAAGCAGCUCGAUGCCCUGCAGGAGCUGAACAAAGAGGACUAUAAGAUCGCCCUGAACAGAGCUGUGGUGGAGUUCUAUAAAAGUGGUCAGACCACUACAGGGACUCUGAAGCAGACUCUGCUGACCAUGAAGAACCAGGUACCUGCAGCUUUUCUCUCUAUGCAGAACUUGUCAUGUGUCAGAAACCUCUGUGAUGACGCAAGUUCACUUCCUGUUUAUCUCUCAGGUUCACACAUCAUCAGAGGAUGUGGACGGGCUGGACGAUGUGGAGAAUAGUCUACUGUACUACAACCAGGCCAUCAUUCACUACCACAUGAGACAGUACUCUGAGGCCAUCUCUAUAGGAGAGAGACUCUACCAGUUCCUGGAACCAUUUGGUAUGUCCAAGUACUUAGAGGUAUACUAAGAGGAGGGAACUACAUGCAUUAGAGCAGUGGUUCUCAAGUCAAGUCCUCAGGGCCCACUGUCCUGCAUGUUUUGGAUGUGUCCCUGCACACCUGAUUCAAAUGAUUAGCUCGUUAUUAAGCCAUUACAGAGCUUGAUAACGAGCUGAUCAUUUGAAUCAGGUGUGUUGGAGCAGGGAAACAUCCAAAACAUGUAGGACAGUGGGCCUCGAGGACUGGACUUGAGAACCACUGCAUUAAAGGACUGGGGUAGGAACUGAAUGCUGGCUGUCCCCUUCAUGGGCCAAGGCUACGAUAUCUGCACAAUGCUUGCAGGAUUGAAUUGUCAGUGACCAGUUGAAAUGAAGAUGCUCUGAGGCCGAUAUUCAGCUUGCACACUCUGCAUGAAGCACUUAGUUAAGAUGCGGUCUGCCGAGUUUGUUUUACCAGACUGUAUCAAACUUGUCAGACUGCUCAGAGUAAACACAGCCGUCGUGUUCCUGCAUUACAUGUGAUCAGAAUUAAUCUCUUCUCUCUAGGGAUGCACCGAUCCAAUAUUUGGAUAAGGUAUCAGCUCCGAUAUUGACAAAUGAACUGGAUCAGAUAUCGGAUGAAUGAUGCCGAUCCAGCAAUCCGGUCCAGUCUUUUUUCUUUUAAUACAUGAAAGUCUUACUUCUUUUUGCUGUGUGCUAAUGUGCAAUUUGUUAUUUCCUAAUAAAUGAUAUUGAGUAAAUUUGAAUCUGUGGUAAUUUGUUACCUUUUUCUAAGACUGCGAAUGUUAAGUCUGAUGCUUUCACUCACAUGGCAAGGUAUACAGUUUAUUCGUUCAACAGUAGUAUUGGAUCAGAUAUCGGCUGAUACGUUCAGCCCAGGUAUCGGUAUCGGAUUGGAUCGGAAAAAAUGGAUUGGUGCAUCUCUACUUCUCAUGCAUCAAUAAAUGAGUUAGAUGGAUUUUGUUCAUGUUCGCACGUAUCUGCCCUCAGUUUGGCAUGCAGUCAUUGUGUUGUUUGUCCUAGAAGAGAAGUUUGCUCAGGCUGUCUGCUUCCUGCUGGUGGAUUUGUACCUGCUCACCUUCCAGCCAGAGAAAGCCCUGCACCUGCUGGCCGUGCUGGACAAACUGUCAGUGCAGGGCAGCAACAAGAAUGGCAAAGGAGAGGUACAUCACCGUGCUGCAGUUCACUCUACCUGCUCUUAUUGUCAACAGAAAGAAAAGUUCGCUGUUUAACUGAGACCUUUGUGUUUCCAGAACAACUCAAACAAAGACGGAGCCAAUCAGAAAGCAGAGUUCACAGCUAUGAUCGAGGCAGCUAAAUCAAAGAUGCAUCAGGUGAGUUCACACCUGCUGCGUUUGUGUGUUUGUUUCCCUGUUACUAAGUUACUGACAGCUGUUUCCUCUGCAGUACAAAGUCAGAGCCUACAUUCAGAUGAAAUCCUCCAAAGCUUGCAAGAGGGAGAUCAAAUCAGUCAUGAACACAGCGGGGAACGUGAGUAUCUCUGUGAAUAUUCCAACAUUUUUCUUCUGCCACCAUUCAUCCACACAGAGCACACAUUUGAAAACUUUGCAGCUGACUGGAUAUGCUCAGAAAGAAGCAGCAAGGAGAUGUUACAUGAAGCGUGUUUUCAUAGACUAGAGUCUUCAGGUUGUGAUCAUACUGGCAAUGUGGCGUUUAAAUUCACAUAGAGAAACACGGUUAUUCAAUUGGUGAGUGAAGUCUGUUCCACAGUUAAUUUGUAAUCAAUACCAUGCUAAGUUUGGACUUAUUUUUGUUACACUUUUGAAGUCUCUGAACUCUCUUCUAAGCUGUCUACCUGUAGGAGCCUCCCUGGGGAGGGCUGAUGCAUGCUAACCAGCCACUAUAUGCCGCUGUUUACUGUACAGGAUAUCACUUACCCUCCUGUAAGAGUCUGGACUCACACGGCUAUUCGACUAGUAGUUCACAGGCUGCCUUUGGUUUUUUCCUCACCCACAAUAGGCUUUAUAUUUAGAUUUUAUUCAGACUCAGGAGGAUGAAGCACACACUCCUCUCACUCUGCCCCUGCUACACCUCUUCACAGCAACAGAUACACAUACUGUGCUGUGCUGAACACUCUUAUAACAUUUUUCUCUUUAAUACUUUGGCUGUUUUUUUAUCACUCUGUUGGCAACCUUUAUUGACCGUGCUGGUCUUGAUGGUUUUGACAGGCAAUAAACUUUGUAAAACCUCCUCCUCAUGGAGCCCAGCUGCUGUAAAAACACAUCACAGGUGAAAACAGAGUAAAAGUUGAGGUGUUUUACAACAAAUUGCAGAUGGAGGAUGUAAAGAGAACAGACAUGGCUACUGUUAUACUUGCUGUAUGAAAACAGUCUCUCGUGUCUGUGCACUCUCUUGUUUGUACACACUGCAUUAGUGUACAAACGUAAAGCUGGGCUUGGUUUUCAGGAUGCACCAAUCGGAUAUCGGCUCCAAUAUUGACAAAUUAACUGGAUCGGUUAUCUGAUGAAUGAGUGAUGCCGAUCCAGCGUUCCGAUCCAGUCUUUUUAUCUUUCAAUUAAUAUCAAACACAGCAACUCUGUUUGCUUUAUAUUCUAUUCUAUUCUCUACUUGGUUUAUCAGUGUGUAUCUCCUCUCUUUGACCUGUUUUUGUUUCUUCUCCUUCAGUCUGCUCCCUCGCUCUUCCUUAAGAGUAACUUUGAGUACCUGAGAGGAAACUACCGGAAAGCAGUUAAGCUGUUGAACAGCUCCAACAUCGCAGAGCAUCCAGGACCCAUAAAGACAGGUGAGAACACGCGGAUCAGACUGUUUACAUUCAGUCACGUGGAUGAAAGUUUAAAAUGAUGUGUGCUGUCUUCUUCAGGUGAAUGCGUUCGAUGUAUGUUCUGGAACAAUCUGGGCUGCAUUCACUUUGCUAUGGGGAAGCAUAACCUGGGUAUAUUCUACUUCAAGAAGGCACUGCAAGAGAAUGACCACACCUGUGCACAGCUGGGAGACGGAGGCAACGGGCAAUGUAGGUCACAGCAACCUCAAUUCUACAUCAAUCAGGACAUUUUUAAAAAUGUGGAAAGAAACACGUUUGAAUGUUUUGCAAAUUCUAAAAAUCAGCUGAUUUCAAAUUUUAUGCCAGAAACUUAUUUGGUUGUUCCAUGUCUGUCUUCAGGAACUCGUACUGACAAUUCUCUUCUUCUUCUUCUUCUUCUUCUACCUACUGAACAGCCAAAAAGUUCACAGGUAUCCCCAUGUGCGCUUUGCUAGCCAACAAACGCUAUGAGCUGCUUUAUAACUGCGGCAUUCAGCUGCUGCACAUCGGACGGCCUCUGGCAGCAUUCGAGUGUCUGAUGGAGGCGGUGCAGGUUUACCACUCAAAUCCGCGGCUGUGGCUGCGACUCGCCGAGUGCUGCAUCUCUGCUAACAAAGGGGUAUAACUGAACUCGAUAUCUCAAAACACUUUUCUCUUAUUAACUACUACCAGCAACCUGUUGAGCCCAGUACAUUUUUCACACGGAGGUCUGAAUAAAUGACCUGGUGAGUGAAGACCGUCUUGACCUCGUCUCCUCUCCUCUGUAUUUGUUUCAGGGCUCGGAGCAGGAGAGCAAAGGUUUACCUUGUAAAAAAGGAAUUGUUCAGUCCAUCGUUGGCCAAGGGUAUCAUCGAAAGAUUGUCCUGGCGUCUCAGACAACGCAGAACAGCAUCUACAGGUCAGUGUACCUGAAUCUGCCUCUGAACCACACAGGAGAAAUGGCGGAUUCAGGUGCGUACCUUUACUAUCCAGCAGAGGGCAGCAGUGCUUCAUGCAGCCAUCUUUAGCGAGACCAGUGGUUCUCAAGUCCGGUCCUCGAGGCCCUACUGUCCUGCAUGUUUUGGAUGUUUCCCUGCUCCAACACACCUGAUUCAAAUGACCAGCUCGUUAUCAAGCUCUGCAAUGGCUUAAUAACGAGCUGAUCAUUUGAAUCAGGUGUUCCUGAAUGUACAGAACAGACUGACUCCUUCUUUAGCUUUUAGAGGUUAUCUACCAAACAGCAGCAGGGAUUCUGUCAACCUGUCUUGGAGCGUUUAAUUGUUGUUCAAACCACAGCCUGACUUUUUUGUCACGGCUUUCAGAAAGAAUCUGAAGAUCAUUUUUUUGUGGAUCUGUUGAUUCUGUCUUUCUACUACUUUAGCACAUGAAAUAACCGACAGCUUCAACUGUAGAGCCACAUCAUUUAAUCUUUGUUCCUCCGUGUCAUCUGCAAAUGCACCGUGACCGUGAUGGAUUGGGAAAAGAAAACACACAAACGGACUCGAGAAAUGUCUAUUUUGUGGCACUGACAUCUAGCUAGUAUGAGAGGUCCCAGCUUUAAUCAAAGUGUCACAGUAUAUCUGCAACAAUCUGUUCAACACAAACUCACGGUCAGUCUAACUGAUGAAAAUAAAGGCCGGUUUUGGCUGAUGUGUGUGUGUGUGUGUGUUCGUACAGUGAGGGUCAAUCGGCAGCCAUCCCAGUAGCCAGUAUGGAGUUUGCAGCGAUCUGUCUGAGGAACGCUCUGCUGCUGCUUCCUGAACAUCAGACGCAGGACGCCAAGACAGAGAACGGCUCCAAGAGUUCCAGCCAAUCAGGGAGCACGGAGAGCGGCAGUGAGAACAGCGACGCCUGCAGGUCAGAACACACUUUACAAAUAUACCUGUAAGCACACACUAUACCACCUGAACUGUAGAAGCCGGCCCUGUUCUGUUACCUGAAUUAGAAGAGAUGUAACAAUCUGUGUGUGUGUUGCAGUGGCAAAGGUCAGGAAGGGGAUAAGUUUCUGUCUGCAGCUCCGUCAUCACCUCUCAGGAAACAGGAAGUAGAAAACCUCAGGUAAGGACACACCUCCUAACCCCUCCUUUAUACACCUGUAGACUGCAGCGGCCUGUGAGAUCAUCAGUGAUGUCCCCCUUCUAACUUGCAGGUGCUCCAUCCUGGCCUGUAGCGCUUACGUGGCGUUGGCACUGGGGGAUAACCUGAUGGCUCUGAACCACGCAGAGAAGCUGCUCCAUCAGACCAAAGUGUCUGGAUCACUGAAGUAAGACCUGCACCUGCUGCUUACCUUUCCUGUUUCUGCUGGUCAUAACUCAUCUGUCUGCUCUAUCUGCAGGUUCCUUGGUCACCUAUAUGCUGCUGAAGCCCUCAUCUCAUUGGACAGGAUCUCGGAUGCUAUCACCCACCUGAACCCAGAGAACGUGAAUGACGUUUCGAUGGGAGUCUUGACCAGUGAGCAGGAUCAAGGUGUGUAGGAAUUCACUCUUCACUCGACGUAAACAGACUUCUCAUGCCAUCGCAUCAAUGACUGUGUGUUUCUCUGCAGGGUCGGACAAAGGAGAGGAGCCUGUUGAGUCCCGUGAGUUCACUUAUCUCUUCGUAAAGCUUGAUCCAAGACAAACCUCGCCUGCACAUGCAUCAACACCGAAAUCUUUGUAUACAGAGCUGUAGGGAAAUAUAAGACCUGUAAAAGUCAGUUUGCAUGAAGUUCGUUAAGUUUAGGUCUUUGAAGCAAACACUAACUGUGAUCAUGCUCACAAAUAAAAUUAUGAAAUUAUUUCUGUCUACAAGAUAAAUAAAGACUAUAGACAGAGUGAAAAACAAUUCUAAAGCAGUUGUGCUUCUGAGUAAAAUAUAUCAAUUUCCUAAGUUUCUCUACUAAGAUAAGAGACUAUUUAUCCCAGAUGGAAAAUUCAAUACUAGUUACUAGAUAAAUAGACUGACUAAAAACCCAUUCUGUUUUCAUGAUUAUCAUGUUGUCUUUUCUGUCAUGUUACAGCAAUCCUGAUAGAAAGUUACCUUUUAAAGUGGUGUUGAAUUCUGUUCAGGUGUUACCUCACAGACUGUAUUAUAUUUUUUACCUCAUUUAUAGCGAUAUAGUACAUCUCUGCUAUCUUUACUGCAUUACAUAAUUAUCAUAGUACUCUUAGAGUUAGUGUGUGUGUGUGAGGCACGACAAGAUGCAGAUUUCUCCAGUCAAGUAUGAAAAGAAUUAAAAAGCACAUCAUGGACGACGAGACCACACUCAUCAUCUUUACCCCAGUCUCACAUUUAAGCCCCCCAGUGGAGAGGAAAGACAUUCACUAUUAAAUGUCCAAGUUGGACACUGGUGCAGUUUCAGAAGAUGAAGUCCUCAAAUCAAACACACCAGUUUAGCCCAAAUAAACAACGCUAACCUCCAAAAAUGUACAAACUAGCCCCUCUGACGUGCUGAGGGGUACACAUUUUUAAACAGAUCACCCAGGCAUUAGAAGGGAAGCCCCGAGGUUGCAGCCUUGCCAGGUCCCACAUUCUUGUGAGAAGCAUCUUAACAUUUCGUGCUUUUGUGUGUGUGCAGCAGGGAAACAGACCCCCCUGUGUUACCCCAGCAGUGUGACGUCGGCUCGGGCCAUGAUGCUCUUCAACCUGGGCAGUGCCUACUGUCUGAGGAGCGAGUACGACAAGGCCCGCAAGUGUCUACAUCAGGUAACCAUGGCAACUGCCAACCACUGUGAUUGCUAACAGAAACCUCUCAAUAAGACUCUUUUAUCUUUUAUCACAAACCAACAUCAGGGUUGAAAUUGGCGUAAUCCCCCACAUACACAUUUAUGUCUACACAGCAAAUACACGGUAGUCUACUGUCAAGUUAAAUGUGUAUUUAUUAUGUAAAGCCUCAUGAACUGUCAAUAACAUGUGUUAUGAAAACCGUGUUAUGGAGCCCUACUUACCGUAUUUUUUGCACUAUAAGGCGCACCUGAUUAUUAGGCGCACCAUUAAUGAGCGCGUCUAUUUUCAUACAUAAGGCACACUGGAUUAUAAAGCGCAUUAAGACGAACAAAACAGUCAGAUAAGUCAAACUUUAACUCAUUCAAUAACUCUGUGAGGCUACGGUAGCUGCGGUGCUCCGACAAGCCAUCAGGCUGUGCGACUUUGUAGCUUACCGAGGUCAUAAUAAAACGUUUUGACAGAUUUUUUGAGCGCUGUGUACCACAUAAAAUCGGUUUGAGGUCAGCAAGCACAACCAGAAUUCAUACAUAAGGCGCACCUGAUUAUAAGGCGCACUGAGGAUUUUUGAGAAAAUUAAAUGAUUUUAAGUGCGCCUUAUAGUGCGAAAAAUACGGUAAUUCCUGGCUACCAACCAGAGCCAUCUAAAAAUUUAAUCCAAACAUUGAUUCAAAGACAACUUUAUUUGUUAUGACUUUUGACAUGUACAGACAGAGAAAAUAGUCUCUCUGAUAUCCCAGCUGACAUCUUCACCUCAGUGUCAGUAAACGCAAGUAGAAGGUGCCGGAACCAUUUUUUAUGGAUGUAUUUGUGUGUGUUCAUUUUUGGCAUUGCUGUUGCUGUAAGGAGGUAAAAAUGUUGCGAAAGGGUUUUGAUCAAUUAGAAACAAGUAUUUAACUUGGCAAGAAAGCUGUAGAAUAAAUGUAUUUUAACACUGUUGAAUGUCAGGAGAAAUCAGCUUCACUGUGUGGUUCAUGAACACCAGGAUUGAAAUUUCGUUUUGAGCACUUGACUGGUAAAACUUUGAGAGUAGUAAAAAAAACAAACAUGAUUUUGAGUUUGAUUCCCUUCAUCGUAAAGAUGCGAGACGUCUUUUCUAUGCAACCCUCUGAAUCGAUACUCCUCACUACCUGCACGCCAAAGUUUGACAAGAGUGAGUCAGAGGAGUCGUAGCUGUUUGAAUAUUUUCACAGUUGAUGAAAUCUAUAUCAAUUGUUUGUUUGUUUGCCCUCAUCAGGCUGCAUCCAUGGUCAACACCAAGGAGAUCCCGCCUGAAGCCAUCCUGCUGGGGGUCUACUUAGAGCUGCAGAACGGUCAGAACACACACACACACAUUUGACAAAAUACGUUAAAACCCACAGGGACAGGACAGGAUAAACACUUUGAAGCAGCUAUGGUUUCAGCAUUUAUUAGAAUCUAAAAGUCAAAGCCCUCCCUGCCCUCAGAGCCCUGACUCAUGAUCACAUGAUGCUCUGACCCUGAGCCUGUCUCUGGUCUUUAUUCACUUGAUCUUUAUCAUCCACAGGUAAAUGUAACCCUCCUCCUAUGUUUCCCUCCUCAGGUAACACCCAGCUGGCCCUGCAGAUCAUAAAGAGAAACCAGCUGCUGCCCUCGGCUAUGCAGAGAGUGUCUCCAGACUCCAGGAAGAAACCUGUCCAGCCUCUUCAGACUGUCCAGCCCAUCCAGCUGCCCUCCCCCUACACACAGGUCCAACGCAAAUGAAACCUCCUGACAACCCUUUGUCCCUUCACAUACUCACACCACAGACUCCACACACACACACCUGCCCCCCAAGGAGUGGUGGUAUUUAUGAAGCUGCUUCCCACAGUGUCAGCAGUCGUAUAAAAUACUGACUCGCUGCUGUCUGAUGAGCUGCAGUGGCGUCACAGACUGAGACCUGAGCUGCUGACCUUUUCUUUCUCCAGACUGAGGAAUCUGUCACAUUGCUGUGUGAAAAUAAAUUUUAUUUACUGUGUCAAACAUGUGACUGACUGAUGUUUCAAAAAGAAGUGGGUGAAACGACUUCAGUGAGCAUGUUUUAAUGGUUCGUGAGGUUAAUUAAUUCAUCGUGAUGUAAGUCAUCAAGGUCACGUUUUCUUCAAGUUAUUAAAGACUGAGUCAGGUGUUAAUUCA